AUGGCGACACUACCAGGGAAAAGAGAACGAAGAAAGAGCUUCACCUUCUUUCACCACUCACACCAGCUCUCAGCUCCUGUCACUACAACAGCCCCAUCCGUCUCGACCUCGCAUGACAGAUCAGCGUCGGAUGGAGUGUCGACACUGAAACGAGCUCGUCGAAACUCGGGUUUCUUUGGGAGCCGUGAUCCUAGUCCGAAGGGUACAACAGCAAAUGUUCUACACCGCCCGCAGACGUCCGAAUCGGAAGUGAUGUUUGGCAUGGCGCCAGAUGAGUCCAAGCAAAAGCGCAAGUCGCUGCAGCCUUCGAAACGCGUCUCGAUGUUUGGGUCCUUUCGUUCCUUACAAUCGAUGGAGGAUGAGCUGGCAGGCCAGCGAUCUCGAGGUGCCUCAAUUGAUGAGAACGAUUUGGUAGCUUCGUCGCUGGGUCACGCGAAAAGAGCGCUAGGCCACGUAGUUUUGCAUCACGGCGAAGUCCAAACUGCAGGAACGAUGUGGAGGAAGAGAAACCAUUAUUUGGUGUUGACUGAUACUCAUUUAGUUCGCUUCAAGAGUCAACACAAAGCAGCAGAUUUGUUCCCCACCAUCAAUAUAUCCUCCGGUCGGGCAACACCAGUGAACCGCCAAUCCGUCGUUUCAGUAGCUUCGAUACAGGAUCAUUCUGUUUCUUCAUAUAAUAGUGAUGUUGCAGCGAUCGCCUUGAACAGCAUUGUUUCCGUUAGUGGUGUUGAAGAUGGACGAAACAAUCACAGUCAAAAUCAAACGACCAUUGAGCUGUCCUAUCUGGACGAUCGAACCAACAAAGCUGCUUUUAUGGCAAUUCAGCUGACAGAUCCGGAAGAGCAACAUCUCUGGCUGAUUGGCAUUCGUUCUGCCGCCCAAUCUGCUCGCAACAACGAACCAUUUCCUUUCGAGACGAAGACCAUUGAAUAUGUUGUUCGAAUUUUGGAACAAGACCGUGACUAUGAUCCUGAGAAUUUCAACCUUUUCCGUGUUAUCCAAAGGUCUCCAACCAAGCAGAAUAUGAGGUCUUCGACGGAUGAUUUCGGAAAGCUGUCGGCAACCAUGUGCUAUCUUGCAAUCGGUCUACAUAGAAUCCACCUGAUUCCUCUGCACAGAGGUUCGAGCCGCUCGUCUUUGGUUUCUCUCAGCGAGAUUGACCUAGGCGCAUCGCUUGGAUUGAUGGCAUUGACUUCGUUGAUGGUGCAUUCUGGUGAUGAUCGGUUCCAAUUAUCUUUUCGCGUGCCAUUACAAAGUGCCACGGUAGUGAAUCUUGCGUCUGUCCACUCGCUAGACAUCGCCUUAUGGGUUCGACAACGCACAGAAUUCCUGCGUCCGCUCUGGCUACAUCAACCAUAUGAUCUUAUUGCACCAUCAGAAGUUGCCGAUGAAACAAUCUCAUCUACAGAACUCGUUGAAGAUUUUGGCUGUUUUGACAGAACUCUCGUUGCAUACUCAGCUAGCUACGGUAUCGAUACUUCCAACAUUCGUUACGCAAUCGAUCUUGAAUGUGAAGAUGCACCUUGCUUUAAACUUCUUCCACCUGCUUCGAAACGACGCAGUCAAUACAACGCCCUGGAACUUUUGGCAUUGAUGCGUGCCCUGCGAUACAAUGAGUUUUUUGUUUCGAUUUCAUUCAGCGGUGUCAGUCUUGAUGUUCUGCAGAAUUGCCGAGACCGCUUUGGAAUUGAUUGGAAUGCUUUUUUGACCCGAGCUGGUGCUCAGGUGACUAUUGCCGGCCAGGAUCGAUUGUCUCUACUGUCGCAGGAAAUUCGUGCUUUGGCUCUGAAGAAUAAACGCCUCAGAAGACUCGACUUUUCCUUUUGUCUAUCGCGAACCCCUAUUUCAGAUCGAGGCUCACGAGACCCCGGCUGUGGUAUCCCAGAAGCCAUCUUCCCUCUUUGCCGUCGCCAGUUAACCAAUGUCGAUUGGAUAGUACUCAAUGGAAUCAAGUUGGGCGACUCGGAUCUGGAUUACAUUGUUGACGCCGCUUCGCAGAGAAAUAGCCGUCUUCGAGCGCUAGAGGUUGGAGAGUGUGGCCUUUCAGUUCAUGAUUUGGACCUUGUUUUGUCGACACUGACUGCCCAGGAAACGACUCUAGAGGCCGUCAAUAUAUCUGGAGUCCAGGGGCGUCUCAGUCCGGAAUUGUUUCAGCAGCAAAUCGGAUACUUUGGACAGAUACGUAAAAUCAACCUCACCCGCGUCGCUAGAACUUCAGGAACAGAACCGCUCAUUGCACCAGAGACUUUAUUGAACUGGCGUCUUGAGGAGCUUUCACUCAGCCAAACGGCAGUUAAUAAAGAGACUGUGGAGUCCUUGGCAGCCUAUUUAGCUAGUGACCGUUCCUCAUGUCUUCGAAUUCUACGAAUCGAUCAAUGUGGUCUGACGGGUGGUGAUGUUGCUACCUUUCUUCGUUGCAUGACCCGUCCGGCCGAUAAGCCACGCGACAUGCAUCUUCACGUCAGCGAGAACCACUUGGAUACAAAUUACAGUCUUCUGUUCAACGCUAUUGCCGACAAUAAUACCCCCACCCACUUGUCCAUGCGCAUGAUCGACUUUAAGAAAGAGGACCACUUUAGGGAGCUGAUUGAGGCAAUGAGGAAGAAUACGACGUUGAAAUAUUUGGAUGUCUCGGGGGCUUCGCUCCCUUAUGAUGCCGGCCCAGAAACUUGCGAGGCGUUGCAGUUGAUGUUUGAAGAAAAUGAGACAUUGGAGGAAUUGGAUAUCAGUGGUGAACAUGCGCAUCUGGAUGUCGCCCGGUUCGGUAUUGGGUUAAAUCAAGCACUUACCGGAUUGAAAAAGAACAAAUCUUUGAAGGUACUCAGGAUCGAGCAUCAAAAGCUCGGAUUACAAGGCGCCAACACGCUUGCGUCUGUCCUUGAAGAGAACACGAGUCUACGAGAGAUCUAUUGCGAGAACAAUGACAUGAAUCUGCAAUCAUUCACUGUAUUGGUAAAUGGCCUGCAACAUAACGGCUCSGUUACAUUGCUUCCUGUGAUGAAUACGGAUCGCCACCAAUCUUUGGAAAGAGUUCGCCGAGAAUUCGUCAAUGUCAAACGCGACACUUCGUCUCAUCAAUCAGGUCCUAGCUCUAUCCGCCGCUCGAUUCACGCUGCUAUGACAAUUGGCCAGCCUUCUGGCGGCCAUAAACUUGCUAAAUCGAAUCUGGCUGCUCGGUCAAAAGAAGCGGCCCAGUUGUCCGAGCCUUCAGCUGAGCCACUAGACCAAGAAGUCGAAGCUACACUUCAGUCAUUGAACAGAAAAUGGGAUAUUGAGGUCGACAGAUUGCGUCAAUAUCUAUACAGAAAUUAUUGCACACAAAACGGCAUUCCGUGGGAUGCAGACGGAUACCAGGGCUUGGAUGCAGUUGAAGAAACCGAUUCAGCAGAUGUUUCUCGUCCGCCCACAUCUGCCAGUGUUGGACUCCCGAUCGGUGAAUUUGAGAGGCUUGACAUCAACUCAAUGGGCGAGAUGACAAUGCAAAACGUCUUUCAGUCAAGCUCCGGCAAUUCCGGUCAUUCGACCGAUAGCGAACGAGACGCACUCCCCCUGAUGAUACUGGAUAACAGCUCCGGCAGCACAUCUCCAGUAGUGACCAUGUCUAGUGUCCAAUCCACGCCCACAAUCGAAUCACUCAAGUUGAUGGAUUCACUACGCCCUCUUUCUCUAGCAUCAAGCGCAUCAGAAAAUAAGCCUUUGGCAGGUUUGAAAGAAUACUCUGCUUCUACAUCAUCAGCUCCACAAUCAUCUCUCCCGGUACCAGCAAUAAUCAAAGUUCCGCCUCCUCCAUCUAUCAAAAACGACAGCACUCCUGCUAGUAUCCGAAGCAUUGCCAGUUCGAGCAACAUGUCGACGACGAGCACGGCACCUCGAGCACCCAGCUUCCGAAGCACAGGCGGCACAAGCUCGUUGAGUGCAUCUUCACUACGAAAACUCCUUUCAAGUCGACCGUCUUCUGCCAUGAGAGGAAUGCGUCAGAUUAGCGGUGGACAUGGUAGCGGUAAUAGCUCAAAAACGGGCUCAACAAGCGGAUUGACCACAUCUGAAGAGCCCCCGAAGAUUAUUUGGUCACCUCCUAACCUUGAUCUUUAA